GACCAAACAGUUUAAGAUAUACUACAGGAAAAUCGGAUUACCUUUCAUCGAAGGUCAGCCUGAGUGGGCGAUGUACCCUUAUAAUAAUAUACUUGCGCAUCUCUUGAGCAACGCACUAUCUUGUUAAGGACAUCGAGGGACGCAAGCUUUAACGGACUAAAUGUGCACUUAAAGACAAGAGUAUCCACUAGACAUCAUGGCAUCAUUACCGAAGAUAGGUUCAGACGUAAUGAAACUACUGGAGACAGCUCCUUAUGUGGUCGAGUUGGACGUAUACUCCGGCCGUCCGAAUCCAAUUGUGGCAGUUCACAACGAGGAUGAAAUGGCACCUUUCAAAGAUCACCUUGCUUUUCAAGGCAGAAUGACAAGUCUCAGUGAUUCAUUGGGAUACAGAGGUUUUAAAGUUCAUAAGCGAACACCUUUGGUGAUGGCAAGUCAGGCAGGACAAACUACAAAAACCGCUUCACAAAUUGGGUCACACAUGAUGACAAUCGGAAAGGGGACCAAUGCUGAGCUCGAGAAGUUACUGCUUAAGAAAUUCUCUGGCCUUGACGAAACCUUGAUAACGCAUAUCACGACGGCUCAGCAACCUGGGAUGGAGGUUGGUGGCGGUGGUCGCGGUCGUGACGUUGGUGUCGGCGGUGGUGGUCGUGACGUUGGUGUCGGUGGUGGCGGUCCCGGUAUCGUAGUUGAUCAAGAUUUGUAUCAGAUGCCCGCUUAUAACCCCUCGCCAUGGAAUGAUGAUGAACACGUACUCGAACACAACAACUGUUACAACUAUGCGACAAACAAAGUGACAAACACUUUCGCACAGCCAGGACGUGCAAGUCACUAUAAGCCCGUUGGUCCUAUAAAAGCAGAUGUCGUUCGUAAGGAAUGUUACAGCGAUGGUUACAAGAAACGACAAGAUGGAGGACAGCCCUCUAAAAAUCAAAACACUGGUCCCGUUGCCUUGGUAUUCUGGCCAAAUGCAGACGGUUCUAUGCAUGAUUUUCACUUUUUCCGCAUGGACAGCAAUAAAAUGUGGUCGCAUAAGCCAGGUAGUACAAAAGUUAAAAAUACUGAUAACGCUAGACAACUCAUCAAUGACCCGCAAACGGCAGCCAUUUCGCCAUAUGACUUUGUUUGUUACCUGGGAAACAACGCUAAAGUCAACAUCAACUAACUGGAAAUAGUGAAAACAAACAAAACAAGAGGAUGUUCCUCAAGAUUUUAUUGUUUUUGUUUUAUUUUAAUAUUCUGUAACUUUUUUAUUGAGGUGUUUUUAUGUAGUUAUUGUAAUUUAAUAACGAUUUGUACUCUUAAUUCUUCAAAAUGUUAGUUUAACAUUCGUCUUCGAGCGGCUGGUCAAGCCCGUCCAUAUUUAGUGGCAAUGCAAUACAACAAGAUAAUCUGUCUUUCAUCGACAGACAUAUCAUGGUAACGUAACAACCAGCCAAAUGCAUUUGGUUUGGUAGUUCUAUGUUUAGGACGCAUUUGUUAUUUGAAAAGUACGUCGGAAGAACUAAUGUAUUUUAAAGGGAAUAACCAGCGAUUUUGUACUACUUCUUAAAUAUUAUAAACUUCUUGUAUAAAAAUUUACAUGGAGUUAUUUUUUGUACAUAGGGUCAAAUAAGGGAGAAAAACACAAUAUUUAUUUGUCGGCACAGUGAAUUAUCUAUGAAUUUACUUAUGUACUUUGGUAUGUAGAGAAAUAUAAUUAUAUAUGUUAAUCGUCGGACAUUUUGGAAGUAGGCAUAACUCUUUGGUUCACUAUUACCGUGGUAAAAUUGACAGGUAACAUAUUGCGUUCUCGAAUACACAAAAUUUGUCAAUUUAUGUUACCUGAAGAAUCCUUAAUUAUGCCCGAUAUCAAAGGAUAUGUUGGUAGUGCUGACGAUGAGAAUAAUUUAACACAUUUAUGUUGAAAAACCUCGCAUAGAAUUACCUGAGACAAAAAGAGUGAUACAAUAUGUUUUUAUCCACGUAUGAAUGUAUGCACAUGUUCAUCAUAUUAUUAUCUAGUAUAAUAAACGGAGACAAAAUUGAAA